AUGUCGAUUAAUGAAAAAAUUAAAGAUUUAAAUAUUUUAAUUAUUGGUGCAGGACCAGCAGGACUUUCAUUAGCAAGAUUAUUACAACAAGAAAAAGGUUGUAAGAAUGUAAUUGUUGUGGAAAGAGAUGUUGAUAGAAAUACUAGAAUUGGUGGAUCAAGUUUGGAUUUACAUGAAAGUACUGGUUUAAGAUUCAUAAAGAGAGCUAAUUUAUUUGAAGAUUUCAAAAAUAUUUGUAGACCAGAGGGUGAAUCAAUUACGAUUGCAAAUAAGGAUGGGAAAGUAAUUCUAAGAAAACCACAUUUAAAAAUUAAUUCAAAGAAACCUGAAAUUGAUCGUGGUGAUUUACGUAGACUUUUAAUUGAUUCUUUAUUACCAGAUACAAUUCUUUGGAAUCAUCAUUUCAUUUCAUUGGAGGAACAACCAUUGGAUGGUACAACAAUUGUUACAUUUAAAAACGGUACAUCAAUAAAAGCUGAUUUAGUAAUUGGUGCAGAUGGUGCAAAUUCUAAAAUUCGUCCAUAUGUAAAUGAUAUCUCUCUCAAAUAUUCUGGUAUUACUUUAAUUGAAUUCGAAAUUGAAAAUCCAAAACAAGUUUGCCCAGAAAUUUAUGAUUUAGUUGAUAAUGGUUUAUUUUAUGCUUUAAGUGAUGAAAAAGGUUUUAUAGUUCAAUUAAAAGGUGAUGGUAAUUUAAUUAUUUAUUUAUCAUGUAAAAGAGAUGAAAAUUGGAUUAAAGAAUCUGGAUUUGAUUUUAAAAAAAAAGAAUUUAAAGAAAUUAAAGAAUUUAUUAAAAAUAAUGUAUUAAGUGAUUGGAGUGAUAUUUAUAAAAAUUUAUUAGAUAAUGCAGUUGAACCUUUUAUUACAAGACCUUUAUAUUCAAUACCAUUUGAACCAAUGAUUGAAUGGAAAUCUAAAUCAAAUAUUACAUUAAUUGGUGAUAGUGCUCAUACUAUUGUUCCAUAUGCUGGUAAAGGAAUUAAUGAAGGUAUGGCUGAUUCUUGUGAUUUAAUUGAUUGUUUAUUUGAAGUUGAUAAUGAAGAAAAAGAAUUUAAUCUACAUAAAAGAUUAAAUAAAUAUGAAUCUUUAAUGCAUCAAAGAAUUUUAGAAGCUGGUAAUGAUAGUAAUGACGCAAAAGAAAUUGUUCAUGAUAAUAAUGCAUGUAACCUUUUAGUUGAUAGAUUCCUCGGUUCUUAUAAGUACAUAAAAUCUUUAAUUCCAUUUUAUACUUAUUUUAUUAACUCUUUAACUGAUUCUUUUGGUUAUUCAAUUUAA